AUGUCAUCAUCCCUGGAGAAGAAGAGGAAUACAUCGCUUCCCGAUGAUUUGCUUGACAUUGGGAGGAUAAUCGUUACGGGUUGUGACGGUCGUGAUAGUGAGGAUGUGGAGAGUGCGUUGAGAGAACACUUCGCUUCAUGUGGAAAGAUCACUGAUGUUUACAGUGGUGGUGCCAGGAUCGUUUCUUUUGCUAUUAUUUAUUUUGUGGGAGAGGGAGCAGUAGACAAGGCCUUGAAACUUGAUGGAAGUGAAGUUGCUGGAGGAUGGAAAGUCCGUGUUAAGCCUUGUCCGUUUCGUGACAACGAGUAA